AUGAGGAAGACGACUACAACUAAAAAGGCCGUAAAAAGGACCAAAGACAAGAGGCUGAAGACCAUUUAUGAAAAUGAGCCUGAAGUGAGGGAAAAAAUGGACGAAAUAGUAGGCCUGUUAUACAAGCUGCUUUCCAAGGCUUCCACGGGCGCCGAUUCCAAGGAUUCCAUGACUGUGGGUCAACUGUGCAGAGGUCUCAACCGAUUAGGGUUUAAGACCGGUAAGGACCAGCUGCUCGAUAACUUAUUGUUUCUGAACGACGCCAGGGACAGCUACAGGCUCGAGCUGGUGCACACAGAGGACGGCGCCAACGUUACCGACACUCACUAUCCUCCCAUCAGCGGCUCGAAUGAGUUAAGCUCGCUGAGUUUGAACAGGGUGGACCUGGAGACUCUGAGGAGGAUAUUUUUAAACGUGGGUUUGAAGCUGUCUCCGACGAAUACAAUAUUCUAA